UUUAAGCGCGACACAUCGUCGCGAUUAAAAAUAAUACACACAUAAUACACACGUCGUACCGAAUAAAACAAGUUUUUCUCGAUUGGCUAGAAGAUAUACGAAAGAAAAUGGUAUUUUUUUUAUCUCUCGACGUGAAUUACAAAUACACUGACAGAGCAGGUGUAGAGUUUCCGUCACAAAUUGAAGUCGACGCAAUGUUUAAUUGCAUUUACUGCACGUUACCUUGUGUGAGAGUCCAAUCGCUUCUCCGCUCACAGGUUGACACAUUUCGAAGAAAUUGCGUUUUCUAAUUAUAAAACAUUCUGUUUUAUUUACAAUGUUUAAUUUACGCACACAACACACUUGUGUGUGAAUUGUAAAAUUCGCGGCAUGUGUCUACUUACUUAUAACUUGAUAUAUAUACGUAAGAUGUUCAAUAGUCCAAUGUAUAAGUGUUACUUAUCAUAAGAUAAGAUUUAUUUAGUGACAGAGUAUUCGUAAAAAAUCUGAUAAGUUAAUGAAUUUCGUUUAUAGAAAAAUUGCGCACUUUUCUCAAAAUUAAUCUACGUUAGAUGCAAAGAUAGAGUUACCGAUUAAAUUUCUAAUUGUCUUGUCUAUCUCUCUGUGUGUCUUGUAAGUAACGUUUACACUGUGAAUAUCAUUUAUACAACGAAGCAGUUUGCCAUCAAUAAAUGAAAAAUAAGAUCAUUGAUGUAAAAAUUAUUAUCUUGUUAUUGUUUUUUUAUUUACACAAUUCAAUAUUUAUUGUACUAAUAUAUGCUUUUAAAUCAACGUAAUCUCUUUUCAAAGAAAAAAACUUAGCGCAUAAAUGUAAAGUGAACGCGAUGAUCAAGUUAAAAAGACACGUUUCGAUCGUGAAAACUCUUUAAAUUCUCAACGUGUUAUCACUGCGCAUGUAAUCACGCUGCUAGCGUGAAGAAGUAUGUAAGCAUGUGUGUGUGUGUGUGUGUGCGUGUGAACUCUCUAUUGCGCUCUCUCAUUAACCUACAUGCGUGUCUGUGCGAUAUACGGAAAAUGUGGCGAAUCCCGUUUGCAUGUAAAAAUAAGCUAAGCCUCUUUACUGGAAGUUUCACUCAAAAGAAACGUCACAGAUGUCUAUCGGAAUCACGAAAACGUCACCGCAUUUGCGAGUCCACUUUGCGACCUACUUUGCGUGUAUGUACACCGUAUGAAUAAUUAGAUAACGUGAUGUUAUUUACUCUGCGUUAAGCGAUCGUUCAGAAUGCGAUGCUCAACACGCGGUUUGCCCGAUAAAUUUUGCGACGCGGCUUGCGUCGCAAUACAGCGUCGCAAAAUAAUAUGUCGCUUAAUGAGAUGAACAAUUGAUGUUCCUGAUCGUGGUGUAACAUUUGGGUCAUCCCGGCAAAUCGGCAAACUAAUAUCCGGUCAGAUAUCAAAGUAAUUCAAAACAAUGAGAGUAAUUUAACUAAUAAGUUACUAAUUUAAAGUGAACACGCGUGCCGAAAGUAAAAGCCGCCAAAUAAAAUAUCAUCACCUGACUCAGAUUCGAACACGGAGAAUCAACAGGAUAGAGUAAUACAAAAUUUCUUGUGCGAUCUUGCGCUAGACCACAAAAGUCGAACUCGAGGAUUCUUUCCGCGUUUAAUUCUCAAGAUAACGGCGGGGCUUUUGUACACAUUGAAGACAAUCGAUGGCUUCCGCUACGUGUAAAUCGAUUACUACUUCGCGAGGCGAAGAUGAUAAUAACCGAAUCCGCAAGAGGGGGAGUUUGUGUGGAUUUUACGCGUCCUAUUUUCUUCUUUUCUCUGAAAAGCUGGUUUCACCCGAUGGUUAGAGCCGAGUGAAACCAUGGUUACUAUCGACGACCACAUAACACCUUCGCCCGUGAGAUCGUCGACCAAUGACAGACUGGUAACGCGCGCCGACCGCGUUCUCCAGGUCCUCGAGCAUCGCCCUGGACGACCAAUGAGGUCGUGUGUGCUCGCCUGUCUGUGUGUCUUUGUGCCUCGGUGGCCUCGAGCCCCCGGAGGAUUUCGAUCGAAGCCUUUCGUCGCCUAGACUCAAACGCCAGGGGUACCUACCCACCUAGAUCGCUCUCCCAUUGACCGCACGUCUGUCGUACCGAACGCAAGACGAUCGAUUAUAUACGUCCGGCUUGUUUAAGUUCGCCAAGUGUGAAAUCGGUGUGAGAGUAGUUUUGAAAUAAGAUAUAGAAUUGACGAUUUUAUAGAGAACAGAAAGAGAGAGAAAGACAUCAUGGAGUCUUGUGGAAUGAACAUUAUCAAGUACAUCCUUUUCAUCUUCAACUUGAUCUUCGCGGUAUCCGGUGUAGGUAUUAUCGCGGCGGGAGGAUUUGUGUUGGGGGAUAUCAGUGAAUUCAAUCACUUUGUAGAAGGAAGGAUAAUAGCACCGCCCAUAGUGCUCAUAGUUGCGGGCGCUAUCGUCUUCCUCAUAGCUUUCCUAGGAUGUUACGGUGCGCUCAAGGAGCAUUACAACAUGCUGAUCGCCUUCGCGGUCGCGCUGGUGAUAAUCUUCGUGAUUGAGCUCGCGGUUGGCAUAGCGGCGGCGGUGUUCAAAAACGAUUUCAGCAUGGUAAUGAAGGACAGUCUCAAAGAAUCGCUCAAGACUUACAGCGAGGCGGACAGACAGGCGUGGGACAACGUGCAGAAAAAGCUGCAAUGUUGCGGUGUGGACGGUCCUAGCGACUGGACCUCAUCUACGUUAUCUUUUCCGUCCUCGUGUUGCAUGGAGGAUUCGCAGGUUAUAGGAUCAUGCCAGAUGGGUUCUACAAUGAUGUAUCGAGAAGGAUGCUUCAACAAACUGGAAAUGCGAGUCCAGAAAAGCGCCACAGUCUUGAUUGGUGUGGGCAUCGGAAUAGCUUUUAUAGAAAUUGCCGGCAUCAUUUUUGCUUGUUGUCUUGCCGCAGCUAUAAAAAAAGAACACGCGGAUAAAUAAAACGUGGAAUUUAAUUUUAUUCAUUUUUAACACACAUAUAUUUUAUUCCACAAUUGCGUCAAGUUUAGCUUUAAAAUUUGCUAUCGUAGGUAAAAUAUGAUAAAACUUAAGCUCAAUGGUAUAAGACAAUGGUGUUAACAAUUUAUAUCUAAUUACUAAUGAAAAAGAUUCGAAAGAUUAAUAUCGUUAAGUACUUUUAUUUAUAACUUAUAUUUUAUUUAUUAAAUAUAUGUAUUCUGUAUAUAACACGUACAAGUAUAGUACCAAUAUACAUAUAAUACAUAAUGGUAAUUAAUAGUAUGCGGUAGGUCUCUAGUUGUAUUUUUCAGUGUAUUUUGUUUUAAUUGUAAACAUUCAUUAUCUUUCAAAGAAAACAUUCUUUAUCUUGAUUUUUUUAAUGUGGAUUUAUAUAAAGACGUGCGUAUAUUAUUUGCAUAUUAUA